AUGAAUAGAAACAAUAUUAAUUCAAACAGCAAUGGUAGAAGUAUUGGUGGUAUAAAUAAAAGUAAUACUCGUAGUAAUGGAAAUCGUUCAUCAAGAAGUAGCAAUAGAAAUUCAAAUGUUACUGGUUCAGCAUCACAAGACUAUUAUGACGAUGAUGGUAUAGUUGUAGCAAAAAAACCACCCUCACAACCAACAACAAUUAAUGAUUUAAAAUCACCUGCAUUAAACUCAACAAAUGGUAAUAACAAUAAUGGCAGUAGAACAAAAAUUAAUUCAAUAAACACCAUUAACAAUAAUACAACAACAACUACAACAGCCCCAGCUACUGGCACAUCACCAACUGGUUCACCAAGUAGUCCAACCAGUAAAAAAGCAGCAAGCCCAUACCCCAACGGUGUAGUUGAAAAUAUGGCAAUGGGUGGUUUGGCUGCAUCCAAUGUAAAUAGAGAAAGUGGUGGUCAUUUUGGAAACUAUGUACCAUUUUUAAGUAAAGAUUUUAUGCAUAAUAUUAUUGGUGUACCAAGAACACCCUUGGGACAUAUGAGACCCCAAGACGUAUACGAGCAAACACAACUAAGAAAACAACAAAUGGAAAUGGGAGCAUUUAUUCAAGAUGAUGAAGAAUACGAAGAUGAUGAAUAUGAAGAUGACGGCGAUGAAUAUGAAGAAAGCGAUGAAGAGGAUGCUAGCUCACCAGUUAGUAGCAAUGGUUCAAUGAGAAACUAUUCAGACUAUCAAGAUAUUGAUGAAGACGAAGCAUUACAGAGAGCAAUAAAUGAAUCUUUAAGAUUAUCAACAACUACAACAUCAACAUCAUCAUCAACAACAAAACAAUCAACCACUUCAUCUAGACAAUCAAAACCAACAAACCUAACACCAAAAAAAUCAGCAUCAUUACCAACAUCAAAAAAUAAUAGUCCUGCGACUAAUAAACCAAAUUACCACCAUCACCAACAUUCAAACUCAUACUCACAUCCAUCCCAAAUGCAACCACCAAUGUCAACAUCACCAACAAACAAUAAUAGUAGCAAUCAACAAAGAAGAAAAGUUAGAUUUGACUCACCAACUGAUGAAAUUAAAGAUUAUUACUCAUCAUCAUCAUCAUCAACUACUAGAACAUCAAACAAUCAGCCUCAACAAAGCAAUGUAUAUAGCGGAGAUCAAUUUAAUAAUAAUAUAAAUACCAAUAGAAAUAACUAUAGAAAUAAAAAUAUAAAUAUUAGUAAUGAUAGCAGUAAUUCAGAUGAAAAUGAAGAAUUGUUUUAUGAAAAUAAUCCAGAUGCACAUCAAUAUCUAUCACAAAGAGAUAGUAGAAGAUUAGAGGAGAAGCAUAUGAUUAAAGAAUCGAGAAGAAUUAGAGAAGAGCAAGAAAGAGAAUUUAACGAAUCACUUAGACAAGAUAGAAAAAAGAAAGAGGAGGAAGAGGAAAAACAGCAAUUAGAAGAAGCUAUGAAACUUUCAAUCGAAAUGGAAAAACAAAAUCAGCUUCAAUUAAAAAAGACUCGUUUACCAGACGACCCAACUAUCGGCUUAUCACCCGAACAAAUUAAACAAUCUCCAAUUAAAAUAUGUGAAGUUAUCAUAUCAUUACCUCCAGAUGGUGUAAGAAUCAGUAGAAAAUUUUUUGUAAAUAAUACCCUUCAAUCAAUUCGGGACUGGAUUGAUAUUUACUUAACGGAAUCAAACUCCUCUAUUGAUAUAACCACAUAUGAAAUGGUCACCAAUUUCCCAAAAGAAACUUUAUCAGAUAAUUCAAAAACACUUUUAGAUUUAAAUUUAUUCCCUCGUGCAAUUUUAAACCUAAGGGAACCUUAA